AUGCCAAGCCUAAAUAAUAUUAAAAUUAAUAUCAAUUAGCCUCCUUAAUGUUCAAAAUUAUAUAUUACACGCUCAAAUAACUUAGCACUUACUGAUCUUGGAGUAGCAAGUAGUUGCGAUCAAUCAAAUGAUUCUCCUUAUACAUAUUAGCUUAGACUAUUUUUGAGAGAAUAAGACUUAACUGAUUUUUAACAAGGAUCUUCAGAUAAUUCCUUAAUUCUAUAUCCAUUUUAAACUUAAAAUUAAUUUUUAAUUUAAACUCCCUCACCUAUUGACUCUUCAAAAAUUGGAAUUUUAGUUUAAGUACUUGAUGAUGGAGGAUCAAUGACUCAAAUUUUUGAAUAAAUUACUGUAAACUUCGCAAAAAUAAAUUGUUCCUCUAUUUAAUAUUAGAAUUUGAAUUUAUAAAAAAAAAUAUCAUUGUUAUUUGAAGCAUUGAAUUAAAAAUGUGAUGAGCUACAUUCUUAAAUUUAUCUUAAUAUGCUUUAGUAAUCAAUUUUAGCAGAUGAAAAUGAAAAUAUCUUGAAAUUUUAGGCUCUAAAACUAUAUAAAUAACUUUUAAUUUAAUCCAUUUAAAGCAAACCUUAAGAUAAUUUGCCUAAGCAAAGAUGCUUUGAUAAAAACACAAAACAUUUCUUUAUUACAAACAAUACCACUGAGACUGAAGUUAAUUUGACAACAAAAAUAGAAAGCUUAAAAGAAAAUACUCAGAAUUUAAAUAGAACUCUAAAUUAUUUUAGGAACCUAAAAAAAAAAUUUGAAGAGGAUAUUUAAUUAAAUUAAUACAUAUGGAAUGAAUAAAUCUUUCAACAGUAUUAAAACUCGCAAGAUUGCUUAAGGAGUUUAUUAUUCUAUCUGGAUGAUAUUUAUUCUAAUUUUUCAUUAAUAAACGUAAAAAAUGAAAUUCUUUAUUAAGCCAUUAUGGAUUUGUAACAGUUCAUGUCUUUAAUUUCAGAGGAAACUUAAAAUACAAUUAUAGUGAACUAAAAGCCUCUUGCAAUUAAUGGAAAUGAAAUAAUUUGGUAAAUAAAAAGAAGAACAAUAUCAUAAUUCAAUUAAUAAUUUGAUUUAGAACCAGCAAAAGAAGAUUUCCUUGUAGAGUAUGUUUAAUUUGAAUCUAUUUAUUUUUAAACAAAUCCUUUAAGAUUCACUUCAGAUCUAUAAGGUUUACUCUAUGCUUAAUUUAAUGACUAAACCUUACAAAUUUACUCAUAGAAAUACUACCUAACAUCUUUGAAAAAUUCUUAUCAUAAUAGAUUUAUAUCUUUUGAAAAUUUUUCAUCUUCUUAUGGCACUAAAUUUGGAUCCUAUUAAAUUUGCUCAAAUACUACAUAAUUUUUAUUUGAAUAUGAAGUUUAGUGUGUAAUUCGAACAAUUUUUGGAAAAAUUUAUUAGUGUAAUCUCUAACAAGAACAAAAUAACGACACUAUAGAGCUAACUUGUGAAUAUAAUAAAUUUGGUGAGAUUUUCCUUUUAUCUUCAACAAACUUUAGUAUUGCAAAUGUAAACAAUACUAUUAUUUAAAUAUCUGAUCUUAGUGUUGAUUCCACAUCAGACAAUUAAUUGGUUUUACAAAUUUGUACUAGCUCUUUAUCAUUCAUUUUUAUGGCUGUUUAUGUAGUCUAUAGAUAUAAAGAUUAUAAAGAAGAGUAAGAGAGCCCUGAAAAUGAAUAAAGAAAUUUGAGUCCCCCAAACAUCUUAAUGAAUAGAAAUUUUGUAUAUAAAGGUAAUUCUAAAGUGUUCAAGGAAAAAUUAAAGGUAAAAUUCAAUUAUUAUUUUAGUAAAUUCAUUAAACUAUUUCACUAUUUAAUUAUAGAGACUAAAGUAUUUAACUUAGUUAUCGAAUUUUAGAAGUACUUUCCUAAUUUAAUUUAUAUUUAACUCUAUCAAUCCUUGAAUUUUAGAUGUUAAAUAAUUAAAUUCUUUUCAUUUGUUUAUUCAUCAUAAUAAAUCCUCUUAUCAUUUUAAUAAUGAGAACUUUUUAUAAAAUAAUUGAAGCUAUCUAUAGAUUCAAAAAGAUUGCUGCCAUCGUUAGCCAGCUUGUUCUUAUCUUAUUAUUGAUGACACCCAAUCUGAUAAUGUAAGUUUUUUACUUACUGAAGUAUUUAUUAAAAUAUUUUAGAAUAAUAAUGCAGUCAGAAUAAUAUAAAAUGGUAAUUGUCUUUGUAGGAAAUAUAAUAAUAUCACAAUUACUAUUAGAACCACUUACGAUUUUUGGAAGAAUAAUAAUUUAUAGAUUAAUCGCUUCAAGUAUGAAAAACAUGGAACUUAAUCCAGUGUUUCAUUUAAUGCAUUUUUUUGUAAUGCAUAGCAGUUUAGAAGAAAUAUUUGAAGAUUUUGCAAGGAUUUGA